AUGAUAAAAACAGACGAAAUCAUUGUUUAUACGAACAGUCGUAAUGGACUUGGAAUACGAAUUUUAGGUGCUAAAAGAGCUAAAAAUAAAUCAGGUAUUUUUAUAAGAGAAUUACUUAAUGAUGGAUUAGCACAAAGAGAUGGACGAUUAAAAGUUGGUGAUCAAAUUCUAUCAAUAAAUAAUGAAACAGCUAUAGGUAUUAAUCGUAAACAAGCUAUUAAUAUUCUUCGUUCAGCAGCCGUAACAAAUCAAGUUCGUCUUCAUAUUCAACAUUUUAUUCCACCAUUAUCAUCAAAUCAAUAUAAACAAUUAUUAAAUGAUGAAAAAUCAACUGAUGAUGAUGAUGAUGAUGAUAAUGAUGAUAAUGAUGAUAAUAUUCAUCGAAUUGCUAAUUAUAAUAUAAAUAAAAAUAAAGAUAAUGAUCAUAAUAUAAGUUUAACAACAGAAAAUGAAGUUGAAAUGCGACGUUCAUCUCGAAAACAUCAUAAAGAGCAACAUCGACAUAGUGUAUCAAAUAUAUCAUUUGAAAAUAAAAAUAAUCAACAAGAAAAAUGUAAAAAUGAUAAAAUGUUAAAAGGACUUGAUGUUUCAGAUGAUGCUCUUGAAUCCUUACUUAAUUCAAGAUUUAAAUUAAUUGAUCUUAUUGAUUUAUUGAAGAAAACUAAUCCGAAAUUAUUAUUCAAUGAUCAAAAAAGAGAAUCAUUAUUUAUUCAACAAUUAUCUCAGACAACUACAGAUGGUCGAAUAAUAUUAAAAGAUUUUGAACGACAAUCAAGUGUUAUUUUUGGUCAACGUAUAAAUCUUCUAUUACCAUUUUAUUGUUCAUCAAAAAGAAGUUCAAUUAGAAAUGAUAAUAAACUUGUUAUUGAACUUCAUCGUGAAAUAGAUUUAUUUCGUUCAAAAAUUAAUGAACUUCAAGCACAAAUAAUAACUUGUGAAAAAUCCCAACGUUUAUCUGAACAAGUUGAAAUUGAAUAUGAAGAUUUACUUAAAUUUGUUUAUGAACAAUUAAAUCAAUAUAAAUUAAAUGAAAUAAAUCAAUUAAAACAAAUACAAGCAAAUAAACAAUUAAUAGAAAAAUUAUUUAAUUGUUUAUCUCUUUAUAUAAAUCAAUCAAAAGAUGAACAUAUUUUAUCAAAACUUAAAUAUGAAUAUGAACAACAAUUUAAAGUUUUACCAUCAUCUUAUCAACAAAAUAGUUUUGAACCUUUUAUUUUAUCGAAUAAAAAAUAUCAACAACAUAUUUAA